AUGGGCAAAUAUAACCUCACGGCCCUCCGGGUUCGCCAAACCGCUGUGGCACAGAAAGCCGCCGGCAAACUUCCCCAAAAGCCCAUAUGGCUUGAUAUAAUGCACGAUGUCCCCCCCACUGAGGUUCUGGUGCGUAACCGACCUCAACAACACCAAUUGGUUCGCCAGCGCCUGAAGACCGUCCCUGGCGCAUCGAGGCCGCAGGCCGUCUUCGAAGUCCAGGAGAAACGCAUCAAGCCGAAGAAGGCAAGCCGCAUGUUCCAGCCUGUCGAAAUCAAGUACGAGGAGGAUCAACUGCGCAAGGAAUUUUUCCGCGACCAUCCCUGGGAGCUUGCCCGACCCCGAGUGCUUGUUGAAAAGUCCGGCAAGGACUUUGAGAGAUAUAACUGGAGCCGGCUCCAGCAGCGAGGAAAGCACCUGGACGGUGAGAGCGUUGUUCAGCGACAGCUUUGGCUCCUCAAUAAUGUCCCCGAUAUGACCAAGAGCGCCGCUUACGAUAUUGCACGCCGCGAAUUCUACCGCCUCCGUCUACAGGAAGACAUUGAACGACGUGUUGCUGCUGAGGAAGCCGAAGCUACUGGUGCUGUAUUCGGACCGACACGUCUAGAGAUUGGUAUGGACCUCGAGAACAAGGAGUAUGAGCGUUGGAAGGAAUGGGCCAAGUUGCAGGCCCAGCUUUCGGACCAGAGGAUGGCUGCCUUCCUCGGAGCCCCGGAAGUCCAAGCUGCUGAGGAGCCAGAGACGAGCUUGGAUGAUGACGUCCCGGAGAAGGUUGCGGCAGCAGCCUGA